AUGCAGGUUUACUAUGUAACAGUCUUUUGUUCCCCGCUAUCGGCCUUAUUAGUGUGCCAAGAUUACACCACUGGUCCCUGCAACCCCACCAAAAAACUUAGUAUCAGCGCCGGUCUCGCUGAAGACUUACAAAGGCCGCGCCCAUGAUUGCCCUGCUCCGUCUUUAUGACGGCCAUUUACCAUCCACAAAAAUGGCGGCGCCCUCAGAUCUAGAGGUCACGGCGACAAAAAUCAACGGUUCUUCCUGCCAGGAGACCGUCACCAAUGGUGACGGUAUCAACGGCCCCAAUGGCUGCAGCGUGGCGCCCGCAACGCCUGCGACGCCCACCACUCCAGUUAUGACUGUAACGCGCCCCUCGCGGACGCCCAGCUUGACCGGUCUUUCACUCACAGAGUACAGCGCCAACCCAUCACCACCGGCGGAGAGCAAACGUCGAAAGGCAAAGAAGGUGAUACCUGACGACUACAUACUGCCAAGUGGACACCCUGACUAUCUCCGCCUGAUCUUGACUUCCAAGGUCUACGAGGUAUGCAAGGAGACGUCACUCACCCAUGCCGUCAACCUCAGCAACAGGCUCGAGUGCAAAGUCCUUCUGAAGAGGGAGGAUGAGCAGCCCGUCUUCAGCUUCAAGCUGCGCGGUGCAUACAACAAGAUGGCUCACCUCGACCGCGCUCAAUCAUGGCGGGGUGUCGUCUGCUGCUCAGCUGGCAACCACGCUCAGGGGGUAGCCUUUUCUGCCCGCAAGCUCAAGAUCCCCGCCACCAUCGUCAUGCCCGAGGGCACGCCAAGCAUCAAGCACCUUGCCGUGGCUCGUAUGGGUGGCCAUGUCGUGCUGCACGGGCCCGAUUUCGACGCGGCCAAGGAGGAGUGCGCCCGGCGCGAGAAGCACGACGGGCUUAUCAACAUCCCGCCCUUUGACGAUCCCUAUGUCAUCGCCGGCCAGGGCACCAUUGGCAUGGAGCUGCUCCGCCAGACCAACCUGCAGAAGCUAGAGGCCAUCUUCUGCUGUGUGGGCGGAGGCGGUCUCAUCGCCGGCAUAGGUGUCUACGUAAAACGGAUUGCACCGCACAUCAAGAUCAUCGGCGUCGAGACCCAUGACGCCAACGCUAUGACUCAGUCGUUGGCCAAGGGUGAGCGUGUACUCCUCAAGGACGUCGGCCUCUUUGCAGAUGGUGCCGCCGUCAGGACAGUAGGCGAAGAGAAUUUCCGCAUCUGCCAGGAGGUCAUCGAUGAGAUGGUCCAGGUGACUACGGACGAGGCGUGCGCUGCCAUCAAGGACAUAUUCGAGGAUACCAGGUCCGUCGUCGAACCCGCCGGGGCUCUGGCUCUGGCCGGACUCAAGAAGUGGGUCGCGGCCAACCCGUCCACCGACUCGAGCCGUUCCCUUGUCGCCAUAACUAGCGGUGCAAACAUGAACUUUGACCGGCUGCGCUUCGUAGCAGAGCGUGCCAACGUUGGUGAGGGCCGCGAGGCGCUACUGGCGGCCCGCAUUCCCGAGAAGCCGGGUUCUUUCGCCAAGCUCAUCGAAGCCAUCAUGCCCAACAACGUCACCGAGUUCACUUACCGGUACACUGAUGGCGAGGUGGCCAACAUAAUGCUGGGACUCUCGCUGACAGCGCCAGUAGCGCAGCGUGCCCACCAGCUGCAGCUACUCAUGGGCCGCAUCGCAGAGGCCGGUAUGGAGGUGACGGACCUGUCGGGUGACGAACUGGCCAAAAGCCACGUGCGGUAUCUUGUUGGAGGACGGGCCAAAGUGCCCAACGAAAGGCUGUACAUGUUUGAGUUCCCGGAGCGGCCCGGCGCGCUGGAGAAGUUCCUGGCAACGCUGCGGCCGCGUUACAACAUCAGCCUGUUCCAGUACCGUAACUACGGCAGCGACGUCGGCAAGAUCUUGGCGGGCAUCCAGUGCCCAGACGGAGAAAUGCCGGAGCUGGUCAAAUUCCUCAAGGAGAUUGGAUACCCGUGGUUUGACUGCACGCAAUCGGAGGUGGCCAAGACCUUUUUGGGUGGUCCAGGGGUCAACGAAGAGGGGGCAGUCCCUCUUUAGAGUCAUGAAUAGAUUUCACGUGAUUUCUUUUGGUUUGUUUUUUAGCAGGCGUGAAUCUCACCUAGCAUUUAAUUGGAUAGAACAUUCCCGGGCGUCUUGUGCAAGUGGGUAGACUUUGUUGAGACCGGUGGCUAGUUGCUUCUUUGUUAUGAAGGCUUGUGAUUUGUGCUGCGCUUUCUUUUGAAGUUCGGUAGGUAGUAUUCUGGCAAGAUGGAUAUAGAUAAGGCGCCUUAGACUAGCUAGCACCCGAUUAAAUAGCAAGCAUGUAAAAUGAGAAACCGGCAUCUACAAUAAGCCAUUCAGACCAUAUGCAGGCACAGGAAAAAAAAAAUUAAUUCAAGUCUAGAUGAAAUUCUCA